AUGGUACCAAUGGAGAAUCAUAAUAGUAAACCAUAUGAAGUGUUCUUAUUGAUUGAGGAAUUAUACUUGGGUACCAACAAAUAUCCAUUUCUAAUGAUUAACCCAUUAAGUCAAUUUGGUUCAUUCGAAAGCACACAUUUUGAAAUAAUCAACUACUGUUUGGUUUCAAAAAAAUGGAAAGAAUAUGUAGUUAUGCACCUUACGAAUGCACUCGAUUUUCAAAACAUCAAUUUUAUUUCACCAUUUAUGAAGUUAGUGAAUCGUCACAGAUCAGUUAAAAUCUAUACAUCCAUGGCAAGUUAUGUAAAAGAUUCAAAAAAAACAGAAUUCGAAUACAAAAAAAUAUUAAUUCCUAUUUUCAAUUAUGAUGGGUUCAAUAAAAUACUAUAUUCAAGAGUAGAGUAUCCUAAUAAUGUCAAUUUUGAAACCCACAUUGCAGUAAAUAAAAUUUUAGAGGAAGAUGAAAACAGCCAACCUAUACUACCAAGAAAUGUAAAUAAUUUAACUAUAUCACAUUAUAGCGGUUGUAACAAACAUCAAAUAGACCAAACAAUUGAAAUCAUUGGGAUUUUAAAACCAAAAAACAUCUUCAUAAACUAUGACUCAUUUAAUGAAGAGGGUUUAGCUAUCUGGAAACCAUCAAUACCAUAUCAAUUAGUAAAAAAUUUAUCAAAUAUCAUAUCAUGCCCACAUUUAAAGAGGUUUAGAAUAGGUCUACCAGUUAUGGAGCCAUUUCAUUUACUAUCACUUAAUAAUCAAAAUACUAAAUUAAAAGAGCUACAUCUCUCAAUGGAUUUUGAUAGAGUAAUAAAGCUACUAAAUGGUAAAACCAAAUACAGCAAACAUUUUAUAAACCCAGAUAAUAUUCAAAGAGAUUGGGACCAAAUGAUAAGCAUAUUGCACAGCAACCGAACAAUAAAAAAACUAACUUUAGGUGGCAAUAAAACCUCAGAAAAAGACGCUUGGGACGAAACUCUUUCAUCAACAUGUAUAACCAAAGGUCUGAAGCAACUUCUUUCAAAUCAAAAAUGCUCUAUCCAAACUUUAGAACUUUAUUCAAUCGACAGAUCUAUCACUGAUAAAUUAUUUUUUGAGGGUUUAGCUUUAAAUACAACAAUAUCAUCAAUAACAUUUUGUCGUUAUAAAGAAUAUAUACCAUUUUUAAGAAAUAUAUUUCCAGUUAAUAAAACAAUAACAAAUCUAAAUUUUUAUAUGAUAGAGGAGGAAGUCUUUUUUAAAAUUUUAAUUGAACUUUUCAAUAUUAAUAAUAAAAAUAAUAUAAAUAAUAUAAAUAAUAUAGAAUUAUACUCAAUUUCAGUUUAUUUUCAAGGUGAUUUAAGUUCACAAAGUCUAGAUAAAGCUGUUAGUGAAAUAAAACUCUAUAAUCUGCCAAUUAAACAAUAUAAUAUAUAUACAUAUAAUUGCUUUAAUUAUAAAAAACAAAUACUUUUAGAAAAUAAUUCAAUAAUCAAUUUAAAAAUAAUAAUUUAA